AUGGAUAUCAUCCUCGAGAUCUGGGACACCUUCAUUGGUGAUCACCUCUACUCGGCCCUUCUCCCUACCUCCCUCUCCUCCACCGUCGGCCUCCCGGCCUUCGUCAAUGCCGCCAACAGUACGCUGUCCCUCUUUGGCUCCGACAAGCCCUUCAUCUACGAGCCCGCCACUCAAUUCAUCCACUUGGAGCCCUCCAAAUAUGCCUACCUGAGCGCCUGGCCACGGAAUAACAUGUACCGCCAGUUCACCAGCUUUUUCUUGAUUACGUGGAUCUUCGGUCUUCUCGUGUAUUUCAUUGUCGCGACCGCCUCGUACAUCUUCGUCUGGGACAAGUCCACCUACAACCACCCCAAGUUCCUGAAGGGCCAGAUCCCCCUGGAAAUCAAGCAGGCCAUGUCCGCCAUGCCACCCAUGGCUCUCCUGACCGCACCCUUCUUCGUCCUCGAGGUCCGUGGCUACGCCAAACUCUACGACACCGUCGCCGAGGAGCCCUUCCCCUACUACAGCAUCCUGCAGUUCCCCAUCUUCAUCUUCUUCACCGAUUUCUUCAUCUACUGGAUCCACCGCGGCCUGCACCACCCUCGCGUCUACCGCACCCUGCACAAGCCGCACCACAAGUGGAUCAUGCCCUCCCCCUUCGCCUCCCACGCCUUCCACCCGCUCGACGGCUGGUCCCAGAGUGUGCCCUACCACGUCUUCCCUUUCAUCUUCCCCCUGCAGAAGGUCGCCUACGUCUUCCUGUUCGGCUUCAUCAAUCUGUGGACCGUUUUCAUUCAUGACGGCGAGUAUGUCGCCAACAGUCCCAUCGUCAAUGGCGCCGCCUGCCACACCAUGCACCACCUGUACUUCAACUACAACUACGGCCAGUUCACCACCCUUUGGGACCGUCUGGGUGGCAGCUAUCGGAAGCCGAACGAGGAGCUGUUCCGCCGUGAGACCAAGAUGAGCGAGAAAGAGUGGCAGCGCCAGUCGAAGGAGAUGGAAGGCAUUCUCAAGACUGUCGAAGGCGACGAUGACCGCACCUACUCGGCCGCCACCACGACGAAGAAGAACCUAUGA